AUGGCGACGUCUCUGGCAGCAAUCCUAUCCGCUCUGAACCUCCCACUUCUGACGGUGUACUACCUCCCGCCCCAGCUUCGCCAGGAUCGAGACUGGUCAUACCGGCAAGCAUUGAUGAACAAACUACUCAAAUCGUUCUUGCGCAAUUAUACAGCAGCUCACGUAAAACAACCGCUUUCGCUCAAGCCGCGCUUUGAAGGUGAUCGUUUUGCCGUGAUCGAGCCUGCGAGUCCGGAGUUGUACAUUGGCGUUGUUGAGGACAAGGUGAUCAAACCGGAGAGGAUUGGGGGGACUUGGUAUCCGGUACCUUACCAAGCAAACGAUCCGCUAGCAGACGAUCAGCAUGUUGUACUGCAUCUGCACGGCGGUUCUUAUGUGCUAGGAGACGGGCGGACGGCAUCCUGCCAAUCCCUUGUCAACACCUUACUCUCGAACACCCCGGCGAAAUAUGUUUUCAGUCUCCAGUACCGACUCGCUUGCAACUCGAACGCACGCUUCCCAGCACAGCUCCAAGACCUCAUCACCGCAUACUCCUUCCUACUCCACACCUUACAUGUUCCACCCUCACGCAUCGUCAUCAGCGGGGAUAGUUCCGGGGCCCAUCUUACUAUCGCCUUCCUCCGCUACAUUGUCGACCAUCCGAACAUCCUCCCCGCGCCGAAAUGCAGCUGGCUGUUUUCUCCUUGGUGUGAUAUCCCCGAAGCCACUGAUACAAAAGUUUGGAGGAAGAGUCCGAAUUAUCAAACCGAAUACAUCCCGGCGACGUUUCCGGAAUGGGGUGCAAGUCAGUUCCUGAAAGAUGUUGAGAUCACAGAACAUGUCGAGCGAUAUGUGGCUCCGUUGUGGCACCCUUUCACUGUCCCCUCGCCGGUGCUGGUUGUCACGGGGGGGCGGGAAGUCCUGGCCCCGGAGCACAUAAAGAUGGCGCAAAGUCUCCAGAAUAUGACGAAGGACGACAACUCUCGAGUUGAAUUAUUUGUCGAGAACAAAGUGCCUCAUGAUGUCCUGAUGGUUGGAUGGAUCUUGGGGUUCAGGGAGGAAGCCAAACGAUGUGCUAGCAGGGCUGGUGAGUUUGUUGGUCAGGUACAAGCUAUACCGGAGAAAGAUCAAUCUGAUAAAUCUGCUCAUGCGCCUGGAUAUUCCUUGGGCGAGAUCAAUUAG